AAGCAGCUCCCUCUCUCUUGGGAUUUCUCCGAUCUCAUUUUAUCUCACUGAUAUUUGAAGCAAGAAAGAGCUGUGGAAACUAAGGUUGAGAGAGAGAGAGAGAGAGAGAGAGAGAGAGAGAGAGAGAGCUGGAGUUGGACACUAGGGUUUCUGAGGUUAGCUAGGUAGGUCGUUUAAGCCUGGGAAUGGAGAGUACUGUGGUGGAGAAGAGGCAUCAGUAUAGCUUGGGGUUCGAAGAGACCGAGCUCCGGUUGGGGCUGCCUGGAGAUGCAGAGGCCACGAAGAAGAGAGGGUUCUCGAAAACGAUCGACUUGAAGCUCAAACUCCGAACGGUUGACUCGAAGGACGCCAAACCGGAGGCGGAGAAGAUGAAAAGGUCGGCGAGCCAGAAGAACCUCCUUGCUUGCAGCAGUGACCCCGAGAAGCCCCCGGCUCCCAAGGCACAGGUGGUGGGUUGGCCACCCGUUCGAUCUUUCAGGAAGAACAUCAUGUCCAUUCAAUCUGACAAGGGCAAGAAAGAUGAGGAUGAGAAGUCUGCCACCAGUGCCACCUUUGUGAAGGUUAGCAUGGACGGAGCGCCUUACCUCCGUAAGAUCGACUUGAAGAUGUACAGUAGCUAUCAGGAACUCUCUGUUGCACUUGAGAAAAUGUUCAGCUCCUUCACCAUUGGGAACUGCAGUUCUCAAGGGAUAAAAGGUAGGGAUUUCAUGAACGAGAGCAAGCUGAUGGAUCUUCUAAAUGGUUCCGAGUAUGUUCCUACCUAUGAAGAUAAAGAUGGUGACUGGAUGCUCGUCGGGGAUGUACCAUGGGAGAUGUUCGUUGAUUCAUGCAAGCGCUUGCGGAUAAUGAAAGGAUCAGAAGCCAUUGGACUUGCGCCAAAAGUCAUGGAGAAAUGCAAGAACCAAAGCUGAAGAAAUCACAUGAAUGCGUGCAUGGCUUGCCCUUUCAGUAUCAAACUGCCAUGAGCAUCUUGGCGGGUCUUUAUCGUGUUCUUAUAUAUAAAUGUUUGUUUAAAGGAGGUGUGAUAAUUUUUUUUUGUUCAUGGACUGGAAGAAAUAACACUGGUUAUGUGCGAUGUCUAGCUUGUUUAUUAGUGGUUCGUGUGAUGUUUCGCCCCAUGUUGCUGCUGUAUCUGCCGUAAGAUUUUAUUCCCUUUUCCUUGAAUUAUUAUGGAACUUUAUUAAGUGUUUCUUUGUACUUAA